GUCAUUUGUUGAGAGCGGCGCAGCGGCGCUAGAGAAGCCAUUUAUCGGGGCGGCCUCGUCGGUAUCGUCCCUCCGCCAGGUAGCAACUGAACCAACACGUGUUCGCUCCUCCCACCACCGCUAGUUGAGGUUGAGUGAUUUCGGGUUAUGGCUCAUAAUACAGAAAGGAUGGAGACAAAUGCACUUGAUUCGGAUCCUUUAACUUUUGAAGAGGAAUUUGAACCUUGCAUUCACUCUCAAGAUGAGGGCACUGAGGGGGCUGAAGCUGCAGUCACCAAAAAGUCAGGCAGAAAGGCUCGUAAGUCUGUGGAGCAUUUCACAGUUCAGGAAUUCUCUGAGAAGUAUCCUGGUUGCUUUUCAAUGGAAUACCAAGUGGAUGUCUUUAAAGAAGUUGAGCAUUCUACAUGUACCAACAAAUACUCACCAACAAACAUGUCUGCAAAGAAAGUGUUACAGCCAUCUCCUGUUUCCAACUUCUGGGCGAAGUAUAAUAAGGAUUUUACAAGAGAAAAUGGUAAUCUAUUUCAGCACAUUGACCUCUCUUAUGAUUCUCAAAAGUCCUUGAAAAAGGAAAAGAAUUCCUCACAAUUUUACAGCCCUCAAAUUCCACUUGAGGGAUGUGAAGAGCAUCCUGGGUCUGAAAUUGAAGCAUCUUUGAGCAAAAGUGCUUCACGUGCUUCUACUAAAAGAAAUGGGGCUUUUGGUCUUCGGCACAAAUAUUCACACAGUAACACUAAUGAAUGGACUGUGAGUGAGACUGAACGGAAGGAAAAUGUUUUUUUGACUGUCAGUGAAAGAAAUUUGUCUGGGAGUUUUAAGAUGAGCACUGUCAACUCGGAAGCAGGUCGUGUCACAGAAAGUAACCCGACAGACACACUCAGUGUGUGUCACAAACUAUGCAACAAAGUUUUCAAGAAAAAGGUGUCUCCUAAAAGGCUUUUUGAAAAUUAUCAACAAAACAGAAAAGACAAAUUCUUAAAAAUUACUGGAGAGAACAUUCAGUAUAUUUCCCACACUUCUCCAUCAUGUGAUGGAAGAACAGGAGCUCCAGGGCAAGACUUACCAAAGGACACUUUGUCUCAGAAUUGUGAGCAGACACGGCGAAGGUCUGCCCCAUCAUUCUUGGAUUCUGUGAAGUGCAAUCUGUCUGCCACAUUGUAUCCUUCCUCAUUAGCAGCAAGUGUAGAUGCGGUGGACACAAGUCUGCCAUAUAAAUCAACUGACUGUAACUGGCAGGUCACCUGGAAUACUAAGUUUCAGUGUGGAAGCAAGCCUAAUUCUGAAUGGCAAAUAACAGACAUUUCAAAGCUUGAAGUCUUGAAGGAAAAAACACAACCGUCACGUUUUGGAACACUUGGGAAACCAGCUGAAGCAAGGAGUUGGAGGAAAGGCCCAAGAAGAUCGCUGGACUGGCCGCCUGUCAGGGACACUUCUUGUGAGGCCUCUAAGGAGCCUUCCAAAUACUUAGAUGUCACUACCCUUAACUGGAGGACAGCACCAAGAAAGUCAUCGAGUGGGUCAUUCAGCAGAUUCUUUCAAGACAAAGUUAAGGCAGAUUUUGAUGACAAAGAGCUGGUAGUGAAGUCCUUUGCCCCAGGCUUUGUUGACACCCACUGCCACAUAGACUUCCUCUUUGAGCGCAUCAGACACAGUGGGUCGUAUUCCAAGUUCAGGAAUGACACCAAGGACCCAUUUCCGCUCUCCUAUGAGGGAUGUGUGACCAUCUUCUGCAAACCAUGGACAUUCUCAAAGAUUAGCUGGUGGGAGGCCAUCAUUGAGGAGGUAGGUGUUUGGGCAGCCUUUGGUUGCCAUCCUCACUUUGCUGAUCACUUUGGUGAUGAGGAAGAGGCUUACCUCCAAGUAGCUCUGAUGAAUUCCAAUACUUUGGCUCUGGGAGAGAUUGGUUUGGACUAUCACAAGAAAAACCAAGAUAGAUUCACAACACAGAAAGAUGUGUUCCGCAGACAGCUGAGAGUUGCUGUAAGUGUGAAUAAGCCAGUUGUCAUUCACUGCCGCGAUGCCCAGAGGGACUGUAUAGACAUCAUGAAGGAGAUACUGCCUCUGAACUACCCAAUUCACUUACAUUGUUUUUGUGGGACAUGGAGAGAGGCUGAGGAGUGGCUGGAGACAUUCAGUGGACUGUUUCUGGGCAUCACAAAUCUGGUAAACAAUACCAAUGACUUGCGUUGCCAUGAGCUGCAGAUGGCAGUCAAGAAAAUACCACUACAAAGACUUCUUCUGGAAACUGAUGCCCCUUAUUUUCGUCCUGCCUUUCUCCAGGCUGGACAGCACUCUCACCCAGGCAUGGCCCUUUAUGUGGCUGCUAAAGUUGCCCACCUGAAGGGCGAGGAGGUGGAGGUUGUGCUGGCCAAGACUCGCAACAACACCAAGCUCAUGUAUGGGAUUUAGUUCCUGGUGCAUGCUGUAGUGCAUGCUGUAGUAGGGGAAAUAUAGUGGGAUUUUGAGGUUAUUAUACACUUAUAAAAGGGUUGUGUUGCACUUGUGUACUAAGUGUAUAGUUAUAUUUCUAGUGGUAGGCAAUUGUGACCACCAUUCUCAAAAUACUGCAAUUGCAUUGUGAUUGUGAAUCAUUAAGAAUAUAACUGAUAGAUCCUUUAUACAUACCCAUGUCUAGUUUUCAUCAUAAUGCUUUCCCUGUGUGGCCUCACCAGUUUUUUGUUGCAUAUUAUAAGUUUUGAUACAUCUAUAUACCCAGCCAGCAAUUUUACACAGGAAUGACAGUCACUUGUGCACAUCCUUUCCACUCUUAACCCUGUCAGCCCAUGUUGGAAAGUGAUAGUCUUGUGGAUCACUCUCCUUUACCUCAGGAGUAUUGGCAUAAAUAUCAUUGACAAUGUAAGUGACUAAACAUUUUCUAAAUUUUAGACGAAAGAAGUGAAACAUGUAAAUGUGGAUAAAUGUGAAGCAGCAUUACUGAGGUGCUUGUACAGAAUGAUGGGAACACUUAUACCAUUGCAGUAUGUGGUCACCAUAGAUGAUUAUGGUUAUUGUUAAACAAGACCUCACAGCAUUUUCACAUAUUUGUGUUAUUCUUUUUAUUCAGACAUGGCUUCAAGGAAACAAGAUUGUAGUGACUAUCAUGGCAACAUUUUGGUCUUCCCAGAUUGCCAGCCAUACUUUCUAUUUUUUGUAAUCUUUUAUAGUUGUGCAAUAUAUGAAUUUCUCCCAAUAAUUUUUACUUCAGACUUGGAAAAGUUAAAGAAAUUGUAUUCAUUAUUGCAUGCCAACAGUUUCUAUAUUUAUAGCAAUAACACAACUCUUGACAUUGGCUGUGUGGAGUGAGCCUGAUGUGCACUGUGUAGCUCUAAGAUAAUUGCUUUGUUUUGUGGCCUUUUUAUUUUGAUAAAGAAUAAAUUUGUAUAAGGUUC